AUGAAGCUCGGAGCGACACCGCAGCCACGACUGGCGACCCUCGGACUGACGGCGCAGGCCCCUUGCCAUCGCCGCCCCACGAUCUCAUGGCCCAUCCGCAAGAUCUUCCCGUCUACGCCGACCAUACGGAGGGCUGCUCCAGGCCUCGACGAGACGCUGACAAACGUCGCAGCAUCCGGUCCACACAGCCCCGCUGCGCGCGAGCGGCUUGAUACUCUCGAUGGUGUCACUCACGCUAGGAACCGCCGUAGUGGUGUGAGCUCUUCAUCUGCUGGGCCCUCGGCUCAUUUCGUCGCCUCGCAGGGCGUCCGCGAAGCUCAGGUGCAGUCGCCAACCUUUACGCACGCAAGUCUCCUGUCAGCACCUGUGAUACCCCCACCCUCUGCGCCGGCCGCGAUGUACCCUUCCUCCUCUCAAGCGACAGAUUCGGCGGAUCUGGCCUCGCGCGUGCACCCACUCCUCUCCAAUAUGGAUGUUCAUUCUGAGAGGGUCAUCGAGCUCCUUCAAGACAUGCGCGACUCUUUGCGGCGCAUGGCAGAUCGCCCUCCUCCCUCGGCCCACGACGAAGACGUUCAAGGGUCUGCGGGCGUCACUGUGCAACAGCUGGAGCUAAGUCCAGGUGACAACGCCUCCCUCGAGCCCUCCGCCCCCCAAGGACUUUCGAACGACGUGCAACCGCAGCCGGUCGCGACUACCGACUCGACCUUCGCAGGCCGUGGCGAUCCUACAGGUCCCGCGUCACCCAUCGCUGCUGCUAGCGCGAUCAACAACAACUUCAUCGACGGCGAUGUUCCCGUUUGGUCGCCAGUCCACCGCUCGCGUACGCACACGCCCUCGGAGCUUAACGUCAGAGUCGACAUACCCGAAUUCGACGAGUCCUCAAGUCUCCCAGGCCGUCUCCUCGUCGGAUCCCAGACCGUAGACGGAACUGCUCCAUCGCAGGAAGACUCCGCCAUGCACGUCGAUGCUGGUCGAGUGAAUGCUCCUGCAGCGCCUACGCCAGCCGAUGCUUCUGCUCAAGCAGAGGAGAAGUCGCUCGUCGCUUCUCCGGAAGCGCCAGCUCAAACCUCGUGCCGCGCAUCCGAAGACGGCCCCCGAGACGAUGUACAGGCUCUGCGUUCGCUUGCGCCAUCUGAUCCUGCUGCUGGCGCUCUUCCUGGGGCUUCGAGCGAGCAUCUUGAAGAGCUUCAUGUCCCGCACCCUCUUACGGCUACUGUCGACGGCGAGUCGUUUCAGAGUCCGCCUUUCAACGCUGGCCAAUCAGCCGGCGAUGAGGGGCCCUCGGCAUCCGUUGGCGAGGAGCCUACUCCGUCCCUCGAAGGGUCUCCUUCGUCUUUAGGAGAAGACCCGGCCAACCAUGACGGUGCCCGGGUGCAAUCUGGCGAUAGCGCGCAGCUCGUACCGCCGGAUUUAUCCAUUCCUACAUUCGUUGGACGCGGCAGGGCUAGCAAGUUCUGCUCGAACAGAUCGACCUUCGUCGUUGAUGUUGGGAUGAAGGGCGAUGUCGGAGACUACGACAGAAAUUACCUGGUCGGCGACUUCGCCAACGUGGUACCUCGGCUUCCGGAGCUAUUCGAGCCAGUCCGGGAGGUGAUGACCCAGCUAUACCUCCGCAUCGGCAAACUCACUGAUGAAGGUGGGAAAGAUACGAUGGCCAGGAUUAUGUACCACCUCCGACCCUUCCUACCUCGGUUCUUCGCUGUGCAUAUCGACAUGGAUGGCGAACAGGACGCAGGUGAUCUCAGCGACACAGGGAUACUGCAUGGGUAUCUGCUAAACCUGUCGUCUCUGCACAUCGAGGGGAGCGCAGCGAUCUACCGCUCUUAUUGCUUCCCUCUGAGUCAGUUGCGUCAGCUCAACAUCAAGGUUGCCUUGACUGCUUUCGAGCUCUUGGACAUCAUCGACCAGUCGAAGAACUUGGACCUCCUGGUGGUAAACUUUCAGAAUGAUUUGCACCGGGACGAUUCCGACGAAAAGGAUGAUGCCGAUCAAGGAGGCGAAGCAGAAGGAAGUUUGACCGACAUGUUGAACCCGCGGAACGUCCGCUUCCCCCCUGCUCUGCAUAUUAUCGUGGAUGAUCCAACCGUGCUCAUUCCGCAGAUUAAUGCUGCACAGCGGACGACGCGGUACUUCCGUCUCACGCUCAAGGGGCCAUGCCCUUCCGUGGUCAAAGAGAUAUUCAAUCUUCACGAGCACUGGAGGAUAAACUACGAUAUCUGA